AUGAUGAGUAGUAUGGGCAAGAGGGCUCAUGGUGAAGUUGAGGGUGCUGUAGGUGACGAGGAGUUGAAGAGACAGAAACAGGACGAGGGGAACAUCGAUGCUGCUCUUUUAAACGAAGUUGGUGACGAUCCGCAUCAUGAUGGUGGUCAGGAUAAUCCUUAUGAUACUACUGCAGCUGCAGUGGCCAAUGCUGCUUAUAGUGAUUUGAUUCAGCAUCCUGGAGAGGAGAAGAGUAAGAGGAAAGAUAAUGAGGGAGUGGAUGAGGAGGAUGAGGAAGAAGAAGAGGAAGAUAUGGAUGACCAUAUUAAGGACCCCGAUCAUAUACCUGAAGCCGAAAACGAAGGCUAUGGGAAGAGUAAAGGCUUGGAUGAUGAAGAUGAAGAGGACGAUGAGGAUGAGGGAAAGAAAUUGUUUGGUGGAAUGGUUGGGAAUGGCAGGCGUGGACGUAAGAGUGCUCCAACGACUGGGUCUGAUGAGUGGAAGAGACAGCGUAAGGACUCGCAUAAGGAAGUUGAACGUAGACGUCGUGAGAAUAUCAAUACUGCAAUUAACAAGUUGAGUGAAUUGCUUCCUGUGAAGGAGUCUAGCAAAGCUACGAUAUUGGCCCGUGCUGCAGAGUAUAUCCAAAAAUUGAAGGAAACUGAGAGUGCCAAUAUAGACAAGUGGACUUUGCAAAAAUUGUUGAGCGAACAGAACCAGUCCCGUUUGACUAGUGCCAAUGAUAGGCUACAGGAUGAGUUGGGUAAGGCUUAUAAAGAAAUUGAAGAGCUUAAACAGACUUUAAAACAGGCGGGACUCCCUUAUGGGGAGUCACAGGCUGGUAGGCACGAUCAGUAG